AUGGAUAUCGCUCCGAUCAAUUUCACUACACUAUCCCAGCUUUUUUCUCCUACCAAAAUAGUAGUAACAUGUGAGACCCUCUUUUUUCCUCGAGAGCACUUUUUAUGAGGCUCAGAUUCUGGCGAUGGGGCGUCGUUUUCUUUUUUUCAACACGCUUUGACUUCGUAUUUCUCAAGAACACCGCUUGCAUGGAAAAGGUAAUAUACGAUUUUUUUUUCGAUGUCAAAUCCAUCAGUUUUGUACAGAAAUAAUUUCAGGAAAUCGGAAACUUUCCCCACAUUGCUCACUUUUCCGCUCUCUUUUGUGCCUUUUGAGGAACGGCUCUGCUUUGGACCACACGUGACCCCGGAAAAUGUUGCGCGAAUCGGCUUCCUUCAUAUGUUCAUCAUCAAAGUGGCGGUAAUGGGAAUUUCCCUCUUCUUUCUACCUUUUGUUUUCUAGACGACAGAAGAAUAUCGAACUGCGGUACGUCAUCAUGUGUCGGAAUGGUUUGCCAAGGUACAAAACACAUCUCAUUACAUUCUAUCUUCAUUUUUCGCAGGUCAACAGCAAAAGCGAUGUGCAAUGGCUGAUAAUAGUCGAUACGAGUCAUGUCAAAGAAAAAAAGUCGAGAACAGCAAUCAUGGACAAAAUCAAGGCCGAUUUCAACAAGAACCACAACAGGUAUCGUCGAUAGUCCACUUUCCACAGUUUCACUUUUGCAAACCCAGGUUGAUGGAAGUUUUCGACUCUGCGGAGCAUUCCUCGUUUACGGCGCUUCUGAAAAGCGUGCAACAGGCUAUUUUCCACCACAUUGAUUUGAUAACUGUCAUGUGGGAACGUUCUUUGCAGUCUUGUUGCGAAAAGAACAAAGACAUCCACUUCAACGCUGCAGAAUACGCUUAUUCAACUGUUUGUAUCAUCCUUUCUGGUUUUAUCUUCUGUACGGAUGUUUCAUAGGUGAAUUACGCAAAACUCUAUUGGAGUUUGGCGGCUGUCGAACACGCCGCUUCGAUCAUCAACAAUCUCGAAAUGUUUAUUCAAUCAGCGGCAGAAGGUAGAGACUUUUUUGUCAGUUUUUUUUUCGGGAUAGAAAAAUUGCUUUUCUCGUGACUUGCACUCCUAACCAGAUGCAUAUUCGCCUUGGCUACAAGAGAUGGCCGGCUAUGAAUGUUCUCGCUUCCACUCGCUCUUCGACGACGACGGCGGCGACAACCCCAACCAAGGCAAAGCCCGUCCCUUGGAUUUGAUUGGUCGGUUUGAACGAGAAAAACUCGUGCUACAAUUUUUCAGUUCAGGUUUUCGGACUUUCGUCUUGAAGCAGGAAAUGUUACUAUGCGCUCACAUGUACCAAAAAAAGCUCAAUUCCAACGACGCCGCUCCUUCGCUACGUAGCGAUUGCGCCGUCUCCAUUCUGACGCAUGCUCUGCGCUCGCUCUCUUGGUUGUCAAAGUGCAGUGAGCUGUUCGAGGUUCAUUAUUUCUAAACUUCUUUAAGUCUUUUUUCCAUGAAUCGAUAGCAAGUUGCAAUGCUAAAAACAUUUCGCAACGUCUGAAAAUGUUUUUCCCGGCAAGAGUGUUCUAGUAACUUUAUAAUUUUAGUUUCUCAGAUGAAAAGCAAGGACAAAGUAGCCUGUUGGUCUUGGCGAAUGGUAGCCGAAGCCGUCGUCAUCGCUUCUUCAUUAAUCGACGUCACUCAUUUGGAAAGCGCUCUGGUUUUGUUGAGCAAUCUGUACAAAUAUAGAUGCGAUGCGGUUUGACGUCGUUUCGUAUGGCUUUUCAGUGUGUUUCUUCAGGUCUUAACCAUUUUGAAGACGUCCUUCGGAGACGUGCAAAUGUUCGACCGACUACACCAAUGGCUGAAAGCCGAUGGCUCGAGCUUUGCCAAACAGUUUGCCAAGGUUCUCAAUUCACUUUCUGACAGCGGAUCUUUUGUCUCAUGUUUUUAAGAAAAUUGCAAGUUUCAAAUAAAAGGAAAACAAAGCGAUUCGGUUUGGUUUAUUUCUAUUCAUGUCUGCUGCAGGUGCUGUCCUGCUCGGAAUCCUUGGAUGCUGAAAUGCACAAGUCUUACGACCUUUGCGUCAAUGCGAUGCUUGCCUGCAACAGAACGCGACUGGCCAUUUCAACGCUCUACAAGCUUCAUCGUUUCUACAUGUUUGUCGAUAUUACAAGUUAGCCAGCAAGUCGAUUUCUGUUGUAACGAAACGGCAGAAAAAUUGGCUGCUCUUAAGGAAGUACUUGCUUUAUUCAAAAGUCCUAUUCCAGCAGGACUGUUCUAUCGGAAUUUUUGUUCGUAGGCAUUUAACCUUUAUACGCAUCAAAAAUUUUUCCCAAAUGUGAGUUUUCGAAAAUCGCGAAUUGCAGGAGCAUCGGAAAGCCGUUUCUUUCUUUGAAACAAGUGCUCGUCAACUUUGACAUCAAUUCGGCUGUUUGUUCGCAGAAUCCGUUCUUCGCCGAGAUAUUGAGAGACUUAUGUGCGCAGGAAAAUGAAGAAGUGUAAGAGAGAAACCUUUUUAUUGUGCCUAAUCUGUUAUUCGGCGUUUCAGGUUCAUUCCAUGUCUUUUUGUUGAAAAGUGUCAGAGUGAAGAAUCGGUUCGGAAUUUCCUCAAAGCGCCUUCAGCUCCUUCUUCCGCGUUAGUGAUCUUUUUUCAAUUUUACGAAAUCAUCGUUUUCCAGAAAGUAAAGACCGUUUCAACAGUUUUUUUUGUUUGUAUAUAUUCCUGUUUUAAAAGAGUUGGCUCUUGAGAUCUCAGCUGUAUUCAAUUUCAAAUUCUAUCUUUUGACAGACGUUCAUCAAUAACCAAGUCAAUAUUACACAACCUCACGUUGCAACUUUUGCGAGUUUCUCCGGUGAUCCCCUUUUCGGCCGACUCCGAGAUCAUCCUCACAGCUGCUGUCCGGUCAAACUUGUCCUUCAAGCUCUCUGGAGCCCAGCUGAUACUACGGAUGGGCAGUCCUCCGAUUUGCAGUCCAUUGCAAAAGAGGAAUAAGACUACUCUGGAAGUGACGAUGAGUGUAUUAGCCAUAUGAUUUCAUGAACUUCUCAGUUUUGCAGUUUAGGAUCACGACGGCUCUUGUCGGCUGUUACCUCUGGCCAAAAGUCUCGCCAAGGAUGCGCAAGAAGCCGACAGACGAUUUUUCAACAUCGUCUUUGGUCCUUUCGACAUCGCGCCUUCAACUUCUGGCGAAAUGGUACUUUUUCGAAAUGAAGUUACAAGGCGAACGACACUAUGAUAGUGGAAAAUAUUUUAGAAGCUUUCUGGGAAAAUGCCUAGCCGUGGAUGUUUCUCCAUCGACGAGGCCAUCCUCACGUGUUUCAAUGCCGAGCUCGAGAUACCGCUGUCUUGUAUAGAUGUACGAUUUCCUCCAGUCGUUUUUGUACCUUGUUUCCCACAUCGGGUGUCGAUCUUAUCAGGUCAAGAGCGUAAGUUUUGCAGUGAUAUCUUGUGGAUUCACACAUCUUUAGCUUACAUCUCGGGUGCACUCGAACAGCUUCGCCUUCAAUUGGACCCCAGUUUUCCUAUCGGAAAAAGUAGCCUUUUGUUGAGCUCGCCAUGUCCCAACUUCAAGUUUUUGGUUUGUUUCCCUCUUUGCCAACGUAUUCCGAUUGCAGUUGCACAAUAUUAUGUUCAGAACCGGGCUACAAAAACUUGGGAGAGGACACUGCAAUGCGAAGUCGACGAGUUUCAAACGGCCGAGUCGACAACUUUAAACGUCUUCUUUUGCCUGGAAAUGGAUUCGGCCAUGUGCGAAUCCGUGGCCGUCCAGAAGAAAAGUGUCAACAUCGAGUGGAUGAAAAAGUCGCACAGUUUCCUCUUGCCGUUUGUCCCGAUUCUCGUCAUCAAUAGCAAGACUUCGAUGCUGCAAACCAAGUACUCUUUACUUUUACUUACUUUGACGGGAAUCUGUGGGAAAUUGCAGUGUGCUAUUGGAAAUGGAGAUGCAUCGAAGGGCGGGAAAGCAAUGGACGGUCGAAAUCCAACAGUUGACUCUCUCUGCAACGGAGACGACGGAUGAGAAGAGGCCACUAGAGUCGCUUUCGUCCAUUCAAAAGGUCCUCUUCAUUUCGAAUAUUUCCGAGCAAAAAGCCAGGCAUAUGUACUUAUUGCAACCUUUGCGGAUUUCCAUCGAAAUACUUUUUGUUUUGUGUUUGAAAUGCACGAGCUGGAAGAACAACUUACCUUGCGGUUGAGAGUUUCCCAAAAACUGCCCAGAUCACUCUUUGAUAUACCAGAAGAAAAAUAGUGCAAGUCAAGACUUUCGAAUUCUUCAUUUGGUAUAUAAAGAAGUGAUCUGAUCAAUUUUGAGGAAUCCCCCAACGGCAAAAUGAAAAGAUCUUUCUUGUGAGCUAAAACACACAUUUCAAAGCGUAUAAGUUUGUUUAGAAAUGCCUAUUCGGAGCUUCUUACAACUUUGUGUGGCGACUACCUGUAAAAGGACCUUUCGUGCGGCAUUCAGUUGAAAUGAAAUACGCGAUCCGUAAAGCUGUUGAACAACAGGUUUUGUUUCAAGAACUUCUUCUACAUUUAUAGGUACGUAAAGCCCUCCCCCUCUUCAAACCACCAAAAUGUUUGCCAGCAAAACGAUUUUUCAGGGUUUUCUACUAGUUUAACCCAAAAAUUAAGAAUGAAACAGUACCCUAAACAUACGUAAUCGAUCUACAAAACACCGUGUUCGCCGUAGUUGAAAAAAGGAAGGUUUUCGAAAAAAAAAAAAUACGUAGACGUUUCGUCAGUGAAUAAAAUCCUUCUAACCUACAUUCAUCUCAUUUAGUUUAUAAUUUUAUGAUAAUUUAUCAAAAGUUGUGAUGACAGUUGUACGAAAGGUUUAUAUCAAAACAUUAAACUCAGUUUUAAUAACCUCUGAGGACAGAAAUCCGAUUGAAAAUUGUUUCAAAAAUUUGCAAAAUAUAUUGCUCUGCUAACUCAAUUUCCUGUGGUCCCUCUACAUACAUAUCAUUUUAGGACUCGGAAGAAAGCAAUACUAUUUUUGCAUUAGCACAAGAAAUGCAGUACUCUUUCAUCGACGAGUUGGAAGUCAGUGUUCCUGAGGUUUGAUUUUUCUGUCGUUUUUGAUUUUUUGUUUUCGAUUGCAAAGGCAAAACAAAAUUUCAGGUUUCUUUUGAAAUCUGUACGCAGAUCUUGUCGCAGCUGCCAGGGGCCCAGCUCUGCAGGGCCGGCUCUCUUUGUGAUUGUGUCGUUUCGAUAAGGUUCCUUCUUGGACAGUAUUCUCACAUUCGCCGCUUUAAGAUGUUUGCAAGAAGCGAGAAGGACGUUUUUUGUCGUUCUCGAUGCUGAUGACCGACUUUGGAAUGUUAUCGAUCGGACUAAAAGUUGGUCUAUCUUGACUUUACAUAAAUCAAUCAAAAACUUAAAAAUCAAGUAAAUGUGUUUUAUGUUUGUUUUUUGAUGUAUCAACCUCUUAUUUUUGCACAAGAAGUUGAACGAAGUGCAGGUUCUCGGUCUUUUUGCCCAACUAGGGCAGAAUUGAGAACUUGUGGGCUGGCAGGUCCAUUUAAGAAUACUCUGGACCAAAAAUGAGACCACGUCUUCGACGAGCGUUGCCUGAAGAGUUUAGCGGAAUGAUUCCGAUUUCUCUUUUUUUGAAUCAACCCACAAAGUUUUUUUGCUCGUUUUUUUGCUCGGUGUCGAGCGCAGAUCAUACUUUAGUAAUACCGAAUCGAGUGCCAAAUUGAGAUUCAUCGGCAGACAAAAUGAAAAGUUCUAAAAAAAAGAAUCACAAAGUCUUUUUGCCAAGAAGUUUCUAGUGUUUAUGAUACUCGAACAUUCAUAGUUUAUCAUUUCGAUCAAGUCUACAAAAAAAAGUCGUAGUUUUUGGUUUCAGUGGUCACAGUGAAAGAUUCUGGCCUCGGACAAUUGGCUAUGAGCGUACUUCCAGUCGUCGCUGGUUUCCUACCGUUUCCCAACGUUUCCAUUUAUGAAUGUGAAGAAUCAAAGGUAAAACCAUGAAAAAGUUUAACAUCUGCUUUUUUUCUAGUUGGAUGCAGGCGAACUUUUACCUGGCAAGGCUCUUCUCUGUUUUGACCGCAGCGCCGGACGACAAAUUCGCGUUUUGUUUGCCGCCAACAGCUACAACGACAGUAUGCCGAGUAAUCAAACGAGAGCUUCCACUAGAUUUAAAGACAAAAUUGUAAAGUUGUUUGAUUGAUUUUCAUUGAAUGAAUGAAUUUUAAUAAAAAUUAUCUUUUUUGGCCAUUUUUCUUAUUUUCGUAAUGCAGAGUCUAGGCUUUUGACCAUAUUUUUAAAAAUUCUAUUUCAUUCAUUUUUAUUUCUUAUUGGUUUCUACAAAAAAAAUUUCAUAUCCAACGUAAUUUUAAUUUAAGAAUUAAUUUUUUUUUUCGGGUUUCUUCGCAGUGUGUUACCGUAUACGCCUAACUAAACUCUGAAUUAUUAGGUUUUGAUGAUGUGCGUUUACAAGAGCAAGUGAAAAAUGCGGUUAUUCGAGGAAGAUUGGUUGACUUAAUUUUUUUUUAUCAUUGAAAGUUUUUGUUUAGAAGCUAGUUUUGUCAUAUAUAGUCCUGGGUUUCUUUUCAGUUUAAAAAAGACUUGUAGAAUUGAAAAUAUCCUUUUCCAGCUGACACCUUUACACAAGGCGCCUCGUUUGAAUGGACGGAACACGUUUUACUACAAGGUUAGUCACGCCAUAAGGCAUAAUUAUUUUCCGAUAGGGGCUGCUUUUUCCAGCGUCUUUACAGUAACAGGGGUUGCACGAGAAUUAUUUUUUUGAGAUCGAGACAAAUCAAUUUGUACAAAAAAUUGCGAGACGAGAUUAAGACAAGAAGCAAGUCUCAACUUUUCAAGACAAAAAAGGACGAGUUCGAGCCUCGUGCAACCCUGUUUUGAGCUUUCGAAAAUGUACGCAAAAUCCGGGACUGUUUUACAAUCUGUUCAGAUUUUGAAUGUCAAGCAUCAAACUCCGCCCCCAACAACGCUCUGUGGAUAGCUCGCUCUCUGAUUGGUUUGAUCUACGUAGAAGGGGCGGAGUUUGAGCGUUUACUUGACAUUCAAAAUAUGUACAGACUAUAGUUUGUCACGUCUUAUGCGCGUACGCUAAACUUUGGCCUUUUCUGCUCACAAUAUAUAUAUUUUCUCUAUCUCGGAAUUUCUCAAGAACUUUUUGAAACUGUCGAGACGAGAUGAAUCUACUCUCGAUAUUUCGAGUUCGAGAAGGACGAAUUUCUUUUUGGAGAUGAGGUCGAGUGUCGUACAACCCUAUUUCAGAUAGAGACGGGCCGUUUCAUCCUUCCUGAAGAUUUUUGAAAAGAUAGAAAUGAUACGCAAGUCUGGUCAAUGUUUUUUAUGGGUUGCCGGUCUGCUACUUCUUCUAUUCAUUUAUUCCGAAGACGUAAAUAACUUUCUAAUUUUGGAUAGUUUCGACUUUUCCGGCGAGUCCCGAACAAAUCGACUUUAUAACAAGGUUUCGUUUCAUUUUCCACAUUAUUGCAUACGACCUCAAGUAUUCCGGCGAUUACUACCGAAAUGCUGUCCGGUAACUCUUUUUCGUCUUUUUUGAAGCCAGGAAUUUUUUUCUUUUUCAGUAAUAGAAAUCAUCUCUCCGAGGUGACAACAGUAGUCAAGUCUCCAGUAGUACAUGAAUUUCUGUUUUUUCAUCAAAAAAUUCGCCAAAAUACCGUAAAACGACCGGUCGUUUUGAACAGGCGUUUCAUUCAAAACGAAAAGUCGACAGCAAUCAUUUUGAAUGAAACGUUGAAUUGUGUUGUGUUUCUCGAAAUGCGUGAGCUCUUGCUCUCAUGAUGUCCGUUUGUGUUGAGUCUGUAAUCUUAGGUCAUUGUCCAUCUCGAUCUGAAAGGAGCUCCCCCGGUCGUCAACUACCUGACGCUUCUUUUUCCGCUUCUUCGAGAGCAGCGCGUCGAUGCCGUUCUCAUCGAGUACGAAGACAUGUUUCCUUACAGCGGGAUUCUCAAGAAUGUUCGUUGAUUUCACAUAAUCAGCGGGAAUAUUUUACCCAUUUUCGAGUUCAGCUCUCUCGCGCAGAGCACUACUCGCGGCAAGAGAUAAGCAAAAUCAACGAAAUUGCAUGGGCCAACCAAAUCCAAAUUGUGCCGCUGAUCCAGUCUUUCGGCCAUUUGGAGUUUGUACUCAAACAUGCCGAGUUUUCUCAUCUCAGAGAAAAUCCCAUGUCGGUUGGUUUUUGAGCAUCCCAGUACCUACCUGAAAAUAUUCUCCUUUAAAUGGAUUAUUUUUUUCAUCAUCAGUUUCAUUCUAGCUUUUUUUUUUUUUAAAGUUCAUCUUUCAUCUAUGUAUUAAGGAAACUACCAUCUGCCCAUCAGACGCCAACAGUUUGAAGUUGAUUGAAGAAAUGAUUUUGCAGGUUCAACGAAUAAUAUCUUUUCUUUUUAUCAAAAGGUCAUGAUUGAAAAACUAGAGUUCAGAUUAAAAAGUUACACCCCGAGUCGACACAAAUUCACGUCGGUGCGGAUGAGGCUUAUUACGUUGCGCAAGACAAAAGGUUCAUCAAAGUGUUCUUCGGAAGGAAUCUCCGUUUUCAGGUGUGUGAUGAACAUGAGAAAUCGGAACAUGACGAAAUCAGAGCUGACUCUUCGUCACAUUGCUCAGUGGGUUGAAAUCAGGGCUUGGUUGGAAGCAAACAUGGCCAUUUCAGAGUCGGAUUUCUAGCCAAAAAAGCCGGGUUCCAAAGUGUCUUUGUUUGGAACGACAUGUUCGACAAGGAAGAUGAGGGAGCCUUGUUCAACUCGAGGAUUCACAAUUUCAUCACUCCAGGCAUAGUUGAUUGAAAAAUUUGAAUUUAUACGAAAGUUUUACAUUUAACUUUUCACAUUUAACAUUAGUCCAGUCAGGCAACUGUCGCCCAUCUUUCACUAAACUCGGCUCGUAGGUCAUUUCGCCAUCGAGGCCUCAGUCGUCCAAUCGUCUCGGUCGUCCAUAGACAUCACCGCAGUUUUCUCCGCUCAUGGGUCUUCUCCCGUAGCGAUCUUCUUUGCGGAAAGCCAUUCUCUCCUCUUCCCAGUUUCUGAUCGAACAUUGCUUAGCUUCAGUUUUUCGUAGAGCCAGGAGUUUCUUCUUGCGAUUAUUUUUCUUCGUCAAUUUCCACAUUUCUUUCAUCUCCAUCAUGAACGUCUUCGUGAAUUGAUCACACGAUAAACUCAAAAGACCAUGCUACAGUUAUCAAAUCUUCCUCACAGACACCCUCUGUUACAAGCAAUUCUGUCGAAGAGCUUGAAGCUUAUGGAAAGGCAUCAAGGGUGUUGUGCCCGCAGGUGGCCAGUGACGUUGUAGUAGAAGAUUUAUUAGUAACAAGAAACUAGACUAUGCGAGCCUGUUUACAAUAACAAACAAGGGGUUAUAUAGUGCUGAGGGAAGAGAUCCCGAAGAUUAUGGAAUGUUCCAGAAUAAAGGUGGAGUUUAGAUAGUAUUGAGAUUAGAGUAAAAGAUGGAACAUUCCAGAGUUUUAGAGAUCUGUCCCGAAAGCAUUAGAACAUUCGAGAACAAUGUGGAACCUUCUAGAAAGGUAGAGAACAAAUGAGAAGAUUGUGGAACUUUCUAGAAGGCAAACCUUUACACAUGAUCCCUAUGACGUAAGGAGACUAGAAAUGUAUGGAAAACUAUAGAACAUUCUAGAAUCAGCUUAAUAUAAGCGUUAUGCUCCAACAAAGGGCUUCAAUUCAAUUUUGAGAAAACAUCUAGAAAGAAAAACUAGUUACCGAGGUUUCAUCGAGGUUUUUCAGUUGUUUGGGGUUACGCCGAAGACGUGUCCAUUGCAAAUUAUUUUCCAUCAGGUCUGUUCGAUCGCAUUUCAAAGGCAAGUUCACAGAAGGACGACAAAAAGAAAAUUGUUGUAGGUUUUCAACAAUUUUUGGAUUGCGAGCGCUUUCAAAGGAGCCAACGGCAUCAAUCAAACUUUUAUUGAUAUUCGACGUUAUUUGAAAAAUCACAAAAGCUACACUUAUUUGCUCUCAACAAUUGGAUCGGUUAGUUCAUGUCAAUCUUAAUUCUCGCCGUGAAUACAUUUCCACUCAUGAAAUUCUGACAAAAAGAGUCUUUUUGGUGGCCGGUUCAAACUUUUGAUAAAACUGCUGAAGUGUACUGUUAGACCUCACGAUAGACUGACAGACCGGCCUUGGCACAAGCCUGUCAACAGGUGUGAUGCUGGUUCGGUUCCCAGGCCAUCAAAGAUUGUUCUAGCGCUUUCAUGGAAUAUUCUAACCCUACACUGACUCACCCUGUCAGAAUUUUCCAAGAGCUGGUAAAUAUUUGUUUUCCAAAACACUCCAUUUCUCCAUGUAAGUAAUAUAAUGCACAGAAAAAUAAUUUUUUAGAAGUCCAAAUCGAAAAUGGCGGGAAUAAUCAUAACGGGCUGGUCCAGAUUCAUGCACGGAGCCCCGCUUUGCGAGCUUUUUUUCCUUUCGUUACCAUCUCUGCUCACCGACUUACUGUACAUAAAUAACCCUUUCGAAAGUGACGUGGUCAUUUGGAGAAAUCUCAAGGUAUUUACUCAAGAAAACCGCUACGAAACUUGCUCUCUUUUGAGAAACUGCUCAAUUGCACCGCCUCUACUUCUCAUGAAAAUUUGAGCGUUGCCUUCAACGAGAAUGAACUUCAUAAUUGCUUCUUUCUGGGCAGUGAUGUAUAUAAAGUUGUUGGUGGUUUUUUUUUCUCAUGCCGUUCAAAGUGAUUCCGCGAAAUUCAAAAUUCAAGAAGACAACUAGUUUAUGGAGAGUCAGAGACAAUUUUUGCAUUUCCGGAAAAUUACUUUGAACACUGCAUCACGACCAGCUCCAUGUGAUCCUUCAGAUUAUGAACGAUUUUCACUCUUUGCUGCUUGAAGUUUCUGCCAAGUCGAAUUUUACCGAAGUUCGUGAAGUGGCUUCGCGCUGGAGCAACAUUUCGAAAAGUGUAAGCUUACUUUCAAUAUUAUUGGAAAAGGAAAACCAGCUGAAUGUGAGAUAAACGAGAGAAUCGGAAAACUCUGAGCGUGCAAGCUUAACAAGCCCUGUUUCUGAUUUUCGAGUCACGUCCCUCUUUCCAAGUUUCAAGGCGGGGUCAGCCAAUGAGAUGUGUUGUUUGCUAAAAAAAUACUCUUAUGGAACAACGAUCUCCAACAAUUGAAAAAAACGCUUUACGCUUCUUUUAUUUUUUUAUUUUUUUACUGUUUUUUCCUCCAACGUUCUUCUUAUUCAAAGGUAAGAGAUGAUUUUUCUUUUUGAUAAUUAAACUGGUUUUUUUACAGAAAUUGCCCCACGAUCAUUUUAAUAUAUUUCAAUUUUCAGUUGGAGUCCACAUUGCCUCAAUACAUGUACAGCCGAGAUAUAAACGAGUAUCUGAACAAACUUUCUAGAAUGAUUGAAUAUUGAUUUUUGUGCGGGUUAUUUUCAUUUUUUUUUUGUUUCUUUUUUUUCUGGGCAUUUUUCCUCAUAAAAGUUUCAUUAUUCAUUGUUUAUAGAACAUGAGGUUCAAUUUCCUAUGAUUUUUUUUUCAAUCUCUCCAUGGAGGUUCAUCUAGAAGAUAUGUUUUCAAUAAUUUUUUGGAAAUUUGUUUUAAUGGAUACUUUCUUUCCAUCUUUCUCUGUGGUUCAGAUUCAGAUAAGUCUAUCACUUACUCGAUGCAAAAAAAAAGAGUAAAAAAAGAGCGGAAUUUUAUUGAAGCACCGGGCCGGAGGGUUUCCCGAGUAAUAAGGUGGAAAUACCAGGAAAUUGGAUUCUGGAAAAUUCAAACAGACUUUACUUGACGAAAUUGUUCACUAUCUUGAUCUUUCCAGGUUAGAAACCCAUCUUCGGUCCUUAAAAUUUUGAUGUUCUUUUUCAAAUUUGUUUUCAACCAACGGUUUUUUUGUUUUGUGCCUUUAAAAAGUAUUUAUUCUACAUUCAUUUCUUUUAAAUGCAAAUUUGAUCGUUAAAAAUUGACGCGGAACCUUGUUUCAGGCUCGCUGACACUCACAAAAUGAAGGAGAAAGGGGGCGAGGACAGCGAGUCCCUUCUCAGUCGCCGACCACCCGCCUCGAGUUUCAGAAUGGAAGGUGACCUCUCAACAGUAAACGACCGAGCUAAAAAAAAUAAAUUACGCGCUACAGGCGACGGCAUGGAACACGACGACGACGACGACGACUUUUCCAUCUGGCCUCACGUCUUCAAUCUAGCUAACUGCAUCAUAGGGGUGUCUAUCCUCGCCAUGCCGUACGUGUUUCAGCAGGUAUUUGUUGAAUAAGUCUGGAUCAAAAUAGUGUUAUAGAGUGAUUGAAGAAAGUUUAAAUAGUUUUUGAAGUAAAAAUAGAUAGUUGACACUGUAAAGGAUUUUGAAUUAAAGUAGUAUUGUAUGUCAAAAGAAGAAUCUAAUGUCCAAAGUUGGACAUUUUUGAAGUGACCCAUUUUUUAAAUUCUUUUCUGAUAUUACCAAAUAGUUAUUCUUAAUAUAGUGACGGCAAAAGGAUUAAAGAAGAGGGUGCUCAAAAUGGUUAUUAUAACUAUCUUUUCACAUCAGAAAAGCCUUUCAAAGUGCAUCGAAUAUCCAACUUUAGUCAUGAAAAAGUUAUAGGAAAAAGAAAUAAUUCUCGAGGACGGCAUGGUAUUUUAUAGUUCAGAUUUUGAAUUUCAACUCAUCGCAAAAACUCCGCCCCUUAUGCGUAGAUAAAACCAAAAAGAGAGCGAGCCAUCCACUGAGCGUUGUUGGAGGCGGAGUUUGAUGCUUGACAUUCAAAAUCUGAUUAGACUUUAUUUGCUUAUCUGCUUUUUUCGACUUGAGUUUGGUUGUUGUUCUUGUUUUUAAAAUUCGACUUUCAGUGUGGAAUAUUGUUGGCAACGUUGAUGGUUGCCAUGUGCGCUGUAUUGACGAAAUAUACGUGCCAUUUUCUCGUCGAGGGGUCAUUUUCUACGAGGUUGGUGCCGUUGGCAUUUCCCGAUCCUAGCUUGAUUCCUUCUCAUUUCGCAUCUGAUGUUCAAUAGUUUCAGAACCAAAAAUAAUUGCUCAAACUCAUUUUUGUCAUCAUUGAAUUUCUCAGGUGUUCGACAUAUGAAUCCCUGGCUUUUGCUGCGUUGGGCCGGAACGGCAGAAGGCUGACGGAGGCCUGUCUUCUGUUCUUCUUGUUCAGUUCUAUCGUAGCCUUCAUGGUUGUCAUCGGCGAUAUUGGACCUCAUAUUGUGGCUGACUAUCUUGGACUUGAGGCGACCACCCAGCGACUGAGGAUUCUAGUUAUGGUGAGACGAGUUGAUUCCUUUUCCGCUUAAAAAUCUCAAUCUUGUGUAGUCAGGCCACUCUAUAGCAGAACUUUUCCAUUCAAAUAUCUUGUGAGACGCUAUUUUGACUGGUUGAUAUUUUUCUCCAACAUCAAUCAUACAUCUAAAACUCUACGAUAAUUUGUUUGUGAUAUUGACCUGGAUAAAAGCCAAAAACAAGUAAAUCUUCUUCCGUGAAGGCCGCCGUUGCCAUACACCUGUCAAGGGGUCGUGGGGUAUAAUAUAACUACUACGCAAAAUGAAACAAUUAACAAACUUCGGCUCAGUUAAUGAGAAAAACGGAAGACCAACCAGUAAGAAGCCUCUAUUCAGGUCAUCGUCGUUGCCUUUAUCGUGAUCCCACUCUCGCUGAUAGAAAAUUUGGAGCGAUUCUCAAUCAUCAGCUCGCUAGCCAUAUUAUUCUACGCCUCAUUUGUCGCUCGAAUGGUUUGUCAUACUCUACAGCUUGAUUGAAGUUUCGACAACUUUAUUCGCGCUUUGGACUUGAGCUUGAGCAGCACGCAUUUAGGAAUGAAAAACCACAAAAUGAACGAGUGAAUUUGCAAACGGCAACUAUUUGCCUCCUUCUAUAGUUCUCCGAAAAAUGAACCUACUUAGCAUGGUUAACUUGUUAGGAGAAAAAUCAAAAGGAAAACUGCUGUUCUUCAAUUAUCUUUGCUUGCAGGUGACCGAGUCUGUGCCUUCCUUGCUCGAUGGACGUUGGAGCUUGCACAUAGUAUGGUGGCGACCCGAAGGAUUCCUGACAUGGUGCGUUUCAUGAGACGGAUGCUAAACUGAUCCUCUCAAGUCUUCCGAUCGUUUGCAUGGCCAUGUGCUGCCAGACGCAACUUUUCCCCGUCAUUGCGUGCGUCAAGAAGUCGUCGAUGGCGCGCGUCGACAACAUUGUCGCGUCGGCCAUCAACGUCUGUUCCGCCAUGUACAAUUUGCUCAUUUUGAUGAUCUUUCUCAUCUUGAUAUAUACAGUUAUGCAGCCGUCGGCGUCUUUGGAUACGUGGCCUUCUACUCGCAAGAGCUCCACGGAGACGUGCUUGUGCAGCUCGAGCCGACGUUGCUGACGCAGCUCAUGAAGAGCGCCUUCUUACUUUCGGUGGCCGUCUCCAUUCCGCUCAUGCUGUUUCCAGCGAGAACGGCCCUUUUUUGUCUGCUCCUCCGCCCCGUGGGUCCAUUGUGAUCGACACGAGCCAACUGGGUUCGAACCGAUUCUCAGAGUGGAUGCGAAAUGGCCACUUUCACAAUUGGCAAGGCGACCUUUCACGUCCUCACGGCCAUCAUUGUCUUCUUCAAUUUAGUUCUUGCCAUUCUGGUGCCCAACGGUGAGUCGCAAUUCUUCUCCGGAGCACUUUUCAAAACUUUUUGAUGAAAUUUUAGUCGAGUUUAUUCUUGGUCUAACCGGCUCGUUCAUCGGGACCAUCAUUGCAACCAUUUUGCCUUCGUGCAUUUUACUUGCCUUACGCUUCGACCAGAACAAGAACCGAGCCAGUAAAAGGGAUAACACCAUCGUAGCCAAGGUAUCAAACUUGAAUUAUAUGGCGAAACGAGGGAAUUUCUCAAGGUCUGUCUCAUCGCUGGGCUAAUAAUUCUCUUGACGAGCACCUGGGCCGUUCUUCUAGCCGAGAACAAGACGAAUGUGGCUGAAAAAAUAAAACCCAAACAAGACGUGGCGGUGACGAUUCGGCGAGAAGAUGGAAGCAACCACAGUAUCGGCUCGGUUGAUAAUUUAGAUCCCAUGCAUUUCAACUGUUUCCCAAUUUUCAGACUGCAACAACGACUUUCAUGAGAAAGGAUAGCGAUGCAGUGGACAUUCUUGAAAAAAUGAAAGAACAACAUCGGAUACAACAAGAGCUCAUCGAGAAGCAGGAGCACAUUAUCGCUGAGCUGGACAAGCAUUCCGAUUUGAAUCGAAGUACGCUUUUUUAUACACCGAUCAGAGUGGUCACUUGUUUUUUCUUCCUUGUUCUGAGUGAGAAAAAUGGCGGACUAGAAGGAGAAAUCGGAGAAUCUCUUUCUCUUUUUGAUCCACAGGUUGUAUCAAAAUCCUGAGGAAAAAAAUAUUUGACUAGGAAUUUUAGAAAUUUUUUCAUAAAUCAAUCGAGAAAAAUCGGUUAAGUAUACCAACUGAUCAAAUUUAUUAUUAUUGUUUCAAAGCAAUGUUUAGAAAAACUCGACUAGAAUAGAAAGAACUGCGUCCGAAAUCGUUGAAACGAAAGCAGCGAACGACUGACAAGAAAAAUUCCUUCCCUUUAUUUUAUAUGGGUUCAACGCGGUUGUUUGUAUCUAUUUGUCACUCUUUUUCUUCUUUAUGUUCUUUUCAAUGGAGAAUCAAAAAAUUUUAUAGCGUUUGUUUUCUUUUACGCUCAAAUUAUUGAUGAAAGACGAGACAGGGAAAAUAAAAUUGAUUAAGGCAAAUUAGACGUUUUAGUCAAAUCAUCACGUGUCUCCGAAUCAUACGUCGGCUGGAUCACACCCUAG